GAUCAACGGUGAGUUCGAAUUUGCGGUGCGUCCGUCCUGGUCCUGCGUCAGAAAACGGCCCUCAUAGUGAACUAGUGGACUAAUUCAAGAGAGCCCAACUGACAAAUACCAGAGCCACAUUUUUGGCCCUUGAUAUCCUUGAUAUUAUCGGCCCCCAGGGAAAUCUACUCGUGGUCCUCGGGGUAUGGAAGAAGCUAGUCAGAGCUAACUGGUGUUGUCCAUUGGUUCCGUUCCAUCGCUCCCGGCUGCCAAUGAUCUCGCAUUUGCAUUUCUUUUCUUAUUCGGAUGACAUUUCCUAUUUCUGUUUCCGUCACUCCGCUGUGUUCGGCUGUUUUGUUCCCCGUCAUGGCACCUGUUGGCGCAGCCCUUUGGCGCUCUCUCCGCGCCCACCAGGUGUACGGCGCCAACACAGAUGUCGGCAAGACCAUUGUCUCGACUGUUCUUUGCAAUGCAAUUCAGCGUCAAAAAGGUGAAGGGAAGGCAGCGUUUCUCAAGCCAGUAUCAACGGGGCCAUUGGGUGAAGCUGAUGAUAGGCAUCUCCAACGCUACGCCCCCAACACCGUCACCAGGUGUCUUUACCAGUUUGAUGAACCUGUCAGUCCACAUAUCGCGGCCCAGCAGAAGAAGUUUACGAUUGCUCGAGAUGACGAACUGGUCGCAUCUAUUCACAAGACCCUUUCCACCUGGGCAGACAACGGCAUCACUUUCGCUCUAGUCGAGACUGCAGGCGGCGUCCAUUCACCAGGUCCCAAUGGCAAUUCCCAGGUGGAUCUUUACCGACCGCUCCGCCUGCCGAUUAUCCUGGUUGCCGACUCGCGUCUAGGGGGCAUCUCUUCGUCCAUUUCUGCUUACGAAUCCCUGUUGCUUCGUGGAUACGAUGUCCAAUCGGUCCUGUUGUUCAGAGACGAUUAUUACCAGAACCAUGAGUAUCUGGGUCAGUACUUCCGUAAUAAGAGUAUCCCCUUGGUGCCGUUGCCUCCACCCCCCCAAAAACCUCAAUCGCAGCAUCCCGACUUGUUGGCCCGGGAUAGGGAAGCCAUGACUACGUACUACGACUCCGUUUCGGAACGCACAGAUGUUGUGGGACUCUUGGAUGAACUUGCGACGAAGAAUAAGCACCGGAUUGAACGCUUAGAGGAGAUGGCCAGCCGAGCACAUAAGACAAUCUGGUAUCCCUUCACCCAGCAUCAUGGCAUGGAAAGCAAAGACAUCACUCCGAUAGAUUCUGCCUAUGAUGACUACUUCCAGACGUAUGUGGCCUCAGAGAGCUCCACCCAGCAGGGGAAGUUACAGGCUACGUUUGAUGGAUCAGCAUCCUGGUGGACUCAAGGCCUUGGUCACGGAAACCCGGGUCUUGCUCUUUCGGCUGCCUACGCAGCUGGGCGUUACGGGCAUGUCAUGUUUCCGGGCAAUAUCCACGAACCGGCACUCGCAUUGGCCGAGCUCUUGUUAGAAACUGUGGGUAAUCCUCGUCUACAAAAAGUCUUUUACACCGACAACGGCAGCACUGGAAUGGAGGUCGCGCUUAAGAUGGGUCUGCGCGCUGCAUGUGACCGAUACGGAUGGGAUGGAAGCAGCGAGCAGAUCAACAUUCUGGGCCUCCGGGGAAGCUAUCACGGCGAUACAAUCGGAGUGAUGGACUGCUCUGAUCCUUCGACAUACAACCAGCGGGUGGAAUGGUACCGGGGCCGUGGCUACUGGUUUGACUUUCCUCUGGUCAAAAUGUCACAAGGAGUAUGGAAGGUCGAGGUCCCGGAAGCCUUGAAAUCCGCUCUAGGUGAAGAUCAGCAGUUUUCGUCUUUGAAUUCUGUCUUUAACCUCAACCAGCGGGUCGAUUCGGAUGUUGGAGCACGCUACAGGAAGUAUAUCAAAGAGACUAUUGAACACCUGGUCAAGGAACAGGGAAUGAAGUUUGGCGCUCUUAUUAUGGAGCCUAUCAUCCUAGGAGCUGGUGGAAUGUUGUUCUGUGACCCGCUCUUCCAGCGGUGCCUUGCAGAUGUCGUCCGCAGUAACCCGCAAUUGUUUGCCCCGGCCAAGGGUGAUUCUUCUCCUCGGACGGAACUGUCCUGGUCUGGUCUUCCGAUUGUGUUUGAUGAAGUUUUUACCGGAUUGUACCGUCUGGGCCGUCGCUCGUCAGCGUCAUUAUUGGGAGUUAACCCCGAUAUUGCUGUAAACGCUAAACUUUUGACCGGCGGACUCAUCCCUCUGUGCACGACCCUCGCGAGCAACGAAAUCUUCCACGCAUUUACGAGCCCAGAAAAGAGAGAUGCUCUUCUACAUGGACACAGCUACACCGCCCAUGCAGUCGGUUGCCAAGUCGCCGUCGAUUCCCUACGUACGAUGAACCGCAUGGAGGAAACUGGGUCCUGGUCGGAAUACCAGAGCGACUGGAGCCCCGCACUCUCGGAGCACGAAACCCGGUCGCAGAAUUCCCCGGCAGUCUGGAGUGUGUGGUCGCAGGGCUUUGUGCACGACCUGUCCUGCGCGGAAUCGGUAGAAAGUGUGUUUGCAAUUGGCACUGUGCUCAGUAUCUCACUGAAAGAUCUCCACGGAGCAGGCUACACAUCGACCGCAGCCAAGGGACUCCAGGAACGGUUGGCAGCUGGGGGUCCGGGGUUUAAUGUGCAUUCAAGGGUUCUGGGGAAUGUGCUUUACUUGAUGUCCAGUUUGACUUCGAAGAGGGAGACACUGAGGGAUAUUGAGAGGCUAGUUCGGAAGGGACUGUUGCAGUGAUUCAUCACAAACCCCAAGUCUGCAAUGGAUCCGUUCGAUUCAUUUCCAAUCUCCUGUGAGAAUCCUAUAAUGCAGUCUCACCGAGACACCGACUGCCGUUUCCAGGGGGAAGGAGCGACAACCUCGGUCAAACGGAAGCCAAUCAUACUCCGGGUAAAAGUCAACAAACGCCCGGGUGGUUCGUCAGAAUUUUUAGAUCCAUGGGUAGAAGAAGUUUAUCUCAGACUCAGAGUCCAGAACUAGGAAAAGAAUAAUUAGUUGACUCCCGCAUUCCCA